GGCCCACCCGUCAGCCGAGCUCCUUCUCUUCUCUUCUUCUUUCGCCCCUCUCCCCCUUCUCUUUCCCUGAUCUCUCGCGUGCGCGGCCAUGGCGGACUACCACUUCGUGUACAAGGACGUGGAGGGAGCGAGCACGCAGUGGGACGACAUCCAGCGCCGCCUCGGGAACCUGCCCGCGAAGCCGGAGCCCUUCAAGCCGCCGGCCUUCGCCCCCAAGGUCGACGCCGAUGAGCAGCCCAAGUCCAAGGAAUGGCUCGACGCGCGCGAACCCGACGAGCUUGAGGAGCUCGAGGACGACCUGGAAGAUGACCGCUUCCUCGAGCAGUACAGGAGGAUGAGGCUUGCGGAGCUCAGGGAGGCAGCAAAAACCGCGAGGUUUGGCACGAUAGUGCCGAUCACCGGCUCCGAUUUCGUGCGUGAGGUGUCUCAGGCUCCACCGGAUGUCUGGGUUGUUGUCUUCCUCUAUAAGGAUGGGAUACCAGAAUGUGGAUUGCUUCAGACUUGCCUGGAGGAAUUGGCGACAAAAUACGCAGAAACCAAGUUUGUUAAAAUCAUUUCCACGGACUGCAUCCCCAACUACCCUGAUAGGAAUGUUCCUACAAUACUGGUGUAUAACAACAGUGCUGUCAAAGGGACUUAUGUCGGGCUGCAGAAGUUCGGUGGAAAGAAAUGCACACCUGAAUCGGUCGCAUUGGCGCUUUGCCAGUCGGAUCCAGUACUGAAUGAUGGACAGGGUGGCAGCGAUUCAUCGCGCAACAAUGUCAUAGAAGGCGUUCGCAGGAAGUUCAUAGAGAAGGUUGUGGCCCAGCAUGAAGCACGUGAAGACGAAGAUGACAGCGACUAAACUUACUCUCCCUGCUAGUUUUUCCCUGGUUCAGUGAUCUUGUUUGGUUCCGAGGACGAUGUUUGUUGCAGUAUACUGAUCUUAUUCGGUUGUCUGUGUGUGAAAAUCUGAAAGCUGCUUUUACGAUCGUUCUGUAUAAGUUUUGUUUUGGUAGCCUGCUAUGAUCCGCGCCGUGGUAAUUGUAUCCUAGUGUUGUGGCUGAGAGAUGAUUAUGUAACUCCAAUACCUGAAUGGAAAUAAUCGUCAACCCAUA